AACAUGAUCAGCCCUGGGGAUCAUCUUUCCUGUGCCCAGGCAGGUGAGGUGGAAGGCACAGGCUGCAGGUACUGGGCAGUAACUGGAUCCUGCAGACCCAGAUCCAGCCAGAGCCAGGAGACAGUGCCCAGAGAGCCCCUGCUGCAGGGACAGCUCCCAGCACCAUGCAGGUAAGUGCUGCAGCCCCUUACAGCUUUCACAGGAUUGGGGUGGAUGGGGUCUUAAAGAUCAUCUCAUUGCACACCUUCCACUUUGCCAUGUUACUCCAAGCCCCAUCCAACCCAGCCUUUCCCUCUGGAUUCUAACCCUGACAGCUUUCAUAGGGCAGGGUCAGGCCAAAUAACACAAGUUGUCCUUCAAGGACAGAUUAAGGGGCACCUCAAGCCUUCAGUAAAAGGUUAAAAAUAGUCAAAAAUUAUUCAUAGCAAAUAUUCAGUAUUUCCACACAUGGAUGCACAGAGAGGAGCUCCCAACACGCUAACAUCCUCAGCCUGGGAUCUCACUGUGCCUCAAGCAGAUUUCUUAGUUUCUAGGAGAAAAAAACCUCACACUAAUAAUACAAAGACCAUUCUAGAAGCUGUGAUUGCUCUGCAUGGCUAUAUUGCAAAAUGAGGGAAAGCCUUUGGGUUGAGAGGCAGGAGAGCUCAGUGUCCCUGUUGCUGUUCCAGCUGACGCUCUGCAGGCUCCGCACACACCAGUGGUGCUUCAUCCUCUGCAAUGUGCUGCUCUUCCACCUGCUGCUCUUCGGGGCAGAUUUACUGGAGCAAUACUUCCUGCAGUCCCUGCCCCUCUCCUACACCGAUGCAAAGGCUCUGGAGAUCAGGGACAGGGCCAGGAAGCUGGAUCUGGAUCCUCUGAAGGCCAACCUCUCUUCCAGCAGCAGCAGUGCAGUGACUUGCUCCAGCCAGGAGAUAUUCCUGCUCAUUGUUGUGUGCAGCAGCCCGGAGAACAGGACGAGGCGCGACGCCAUCAGACAGACCUGGGGCAACACCACGGCCUCCAGGGGUUACAGUGUGCUCACUGUGUUUGCUGUAGGGAAGGCAGCCUCAGCAAGCACCCAGCUGGAGAUCCAGGAGGAGGCCCAAAGGCACAGAGACAUCAUUGAAGGCACUUUCAUCGACUCCCCCCAGACACAGACACAGAAGAUGCUGAUGAGUGUGGAGUGGACGGUGAUUUUCUGUCCCCGUGCCAGGUUCAUCCUUCACACAGCCCAGGACGUGUUUGUGGGUGUUCCCAGCCUGGCUGGCUACCUGCUCAGCUUAACCCAGCAGGAGGACAUCUACCUGGGCAGGGUGGUUCACCAUGCAGUGCCCAACAGGGACCCCCAGAGCCCCGGCUUUGUCCCCAUCCAUCUGUACCCCCAGCAGUUGUACCCGGAUUUCUGCCACGGCAGCGCUUUCCUCCUGUCCCAGGACGUGGCCCGCAAGGUUUUGGUGGCUGCCAGGGAGGUGCCCCUGGCACUGCCCCCCGCUGCCUUUGUAGGGGUCUGUGCCAAGAGAGCUGGCAUCAGUGCCAGGCACAGCUCCCGCUUCGCUGGGGACAAGCACAUCAGCUACAACCCCUGCUGCUAUAAAUUCAUUUUCACCUCUUCUGCCAUGAGAGAGGACGAGCUAUUUACGGACUGGAAGGAAACGAGCGAUGGGGAGGAUUGCUCCCUACUGGAAACCUACUACAGCCUGGUGUCCUGCAAGGUUCUGACCUACAUUGAUAACUUCAAACAGUUCAGCUUGGACAGGAUAAAAAACGAGCUCCUUCAUUUUGUCAAUUAAUGCUUAACUCCUGCAUGAAGAGGCUGGAUUUUCUUUCAUCAGCUGUGUUAUCCUGUACAAAGGAUGCCCUCCCAAAGUUUGCUCUUUUCCCUUCAGCAGCAAAUGGAUUCUCACUGUUACAGUGUGACAGAGCAGAACUGGAUGUCCUCUGCCUCUCUAAGUACCUACAAGUGCAUGCAUGGAAGUAAAAAAGGAUAUUCCAGAAGACUUGUCUAGAUCCAUGGCUUUUCACACUUUUCAGUCUUCAAAACUCCUUUUUUAUGUGAGUGAGGCAUCACCUACUUCCAAAGAAUUCUGGAACAAAGGGGAAGCUUUCCAUCCACAAAAGGAGCUGCUUCUGAGCAGGCUGGUUCAGAGGGAAACAGAGCAGCUCCAGCAGGAACAGACACUGAGCCAUCAUGGAAAUUCCUCAAGUAAAGCUGUUUGUUAACAUCCAUCAAAUGACAAGGUUUGGUUUGGGAUUUUUGGGUUUUUUAAACCAAAUGUUACCUCAGCAUGUUACCUCAGUUCUCCAGCAUUCCAUUUUGUGGUUUUCCUCAAUUAUUUCCACCUGUUACUUUAAGGGGGGGGUGACAAAAACAACACAUUUCAAAAUUGUCAUUUCUAUCAGCUACAGCAGCAGCAUGUAAUCCAUAUGGCAAUGUACAGCAUGGGCAGGGAACUGCCUCUGAGUAAUAAGGGGAAAGUGAUCAAUUAAUCAAUCAACUCUGAGCUCAAAGCUCAACAAAAUAAAGCAUAUGUGUAUACAUAAAAAAAAUCCCCUUGUUUGGCAUCUCUGCACAUUCUAAAAUAUUGUCUUU